UUGUAAAAGUGUCUGUAGUGUUUGGAGGUUUAGCGAGAAGGAACAGCAGCUUCGCCGGAGGCUGGAAGUCCUUUUGAAGUGGUUGCAACGGUCCUUGGCAGUCCCUGGGCACCCAGGUGACCUCGUGCGAGGCCAGGGUACCUUCAAGCUGCUAGGACAACCUCACGGCCGACAAACUCAUUUACACGCCCGACUAUCGCGAAGAUGAGUUCGGCAUCAACGGGUGGUACUGAGGGGUCUAGUCCAGCCUCUAGCCCUGCCUCAGCAACAAGUCUCACAAUGGCUGCACCAAAAUAUGGUACCUUGGUUCCAAAUCGCAUCUUUGUAGGCGGUAUUUCAGCUAAUACCAGUGUAGAAGAACUUGCUGAGCUUUUCUCCUCUUAUGGCAAUGUAAAGGCUACAAAAAUAAUUGCUGACCGAGCUGGUGUUUCCAAAGGUUAUGGAUUUGUUACAUUUGAAACUGAGGAAGAAGCUAAAAGACUUCAGCAAGAGUCUGAAUGCAUUGUAUUAAGGGAAAGAAAAUUAAAUAUAGCACCUGCAAUUAAAAAACAGCCUUUCAAUAGAUCUUUGGAUGGUGGUUCUGGCUCACCACCCUCUGUGCCUACUAGUACUUACUAUUACCCAAAUGGUAUGGGAUUGACAUACCAAAAUGGCAUGACAUUUUAUAACACAACAGCUCCAACACCAACGACACCAAUUGCUCCACCGACCGAUCCAGCAACUAUUUAUCAAGCUACUGGAGUGUUCGGACCACAAGCUGCUGGUCAUCAAACUUUCACGCCUGUGAUGUAUCCGUGUCCUGCUCCAUCUCUUUACAUGCCACAACAAUAUCAGUAUUCGCCUAUGCCGUAUGAGUGUUAUGCAGGGGCAGUCGCCGCCGGAGCUCAUCAGUACUUGUAUCCAACGAACAACUCGCAGAACAGCACGAGUGGCGGUAACAGUAAUUCCGGAAGUGGUAACAAUGGCACAGGAGCGACGAGCCCACCAACGGGUCCUCCACAGCCAAUUCCAUCUUUACCCCCUCCGCCACCAACGCAUUUCUAUCCUCCUGCCGCUCCACCGCCGCAUCAUCAUCCACCGGUGCCUACAGGUCCUGCGCCUCCUCAGAUGGACCAUAUUUAUUAUCCGUUCGCAGCUGGGCCCCAUCCACCUCCUCCACCACAUGCAUCUAUGGGAUUGACCGAUCAGCAGCUAUUACUUUUCCCUACUGAUGCCUCAUGUCAACAAACGUCUUCGUCUGAUGGUCAGGUUGCUCCUCAGGAGGAUUCUCGUUCGACAUCAAGCCACUCGGAGCAAGCACAUGGUGAAACACAGGCUGCUUCAGGGUCAGCCACACCCUUGGUGUCCUUAAUGCCCGUGAAAUUUCCCAUGUCCGGUCGUUACACCAAUUAUCAUCCAAUCGCGAUACACACCGCUAACUUGUACAGUUCCCAGACAUGUUUAAAUGAAACUGACGAUUGCAGUGGCAAUCAGAUGCAUUGCAGGGCAAUCGUGUAUCAUCCGGCAGCCGUUUACAUUCCUCACACGCAUACAUCUCCAUUUCAUAACGCAUCCGGUGGUACCAGCCUGUUGCCGACACCUCCGUCAAUAUCACAACAGUUAUUCGAUUCUUCGAACAAGAAUCAGUGUUUCAAUUCCAGAGAUUACACGAAAUCCGGGAACGUGAACGGCCAAAAUAACUAUUCGAAAUCGCAGAAUCACGGGAUCGCGUUUUCUCAUCAGAAUCCAUUCUUUCGAGCUCAAAAUGUGGGGAAUUCUCAACCAUAUAAGCAUAGUAACAUAGAUGGAAGCUAUAAGUACACGACGCCGGCGAUGAGCUCGCGAUUCUCUAUGCAGUAUAACAAAAAGGCGGUUGGCUCGAACGUGGGCUCCCCGGCUUCCUUCGUAGCACAAAAGUCAUCAGAAAAUUACAACCAAAAAUCGUUUGGUUCGAAUACACCCAGCGGUCAGCCAUAUAGUUGCACGAAUACACAGAAAAUGUUUAAUCCGGCGGCGAAUUUCGAUUACGCGAACGGCCGUAAGACUAAUAGCGGCGGUGAUCAGUAUUUCGAGAACACGACAAAACCGAGUAACUAUCCUAGCCGUAAAAAUACGACGAACUAUAGAAACAACGGGGUGAUCGCCGGACAAACCGAUGGAGGUAACAAUUCCAAUAGUCAGUCAAAUGAUAAAUACGUGACUAAUAUCGAAAACGAGAAUAGUAAUUCGCAGGGUGUGCAAGGGACGGAGAAUAAUAGUUCGGAGAAGCCGGUGAGCCCACCGCCAGCGCCGUAUUCGCCCAUGACAAGACCCCUUCCAACUUUGUCACCACCCACCUCCCAGGUCCAGUUCUACAAUCCGGCGCAAAACCGCUAUCAGCCAUCCUUAGCCCCGUCCCAGCAUCAGCAGCAGCCACAACAGUCGAACGCUCAACGUCGGUACACCAUCGCUCCUGCGUUGACCGCGAGCAGAAAACCGACGGAGAAGUACGCGAAUUCCAAUUCCCAAGCAGCUACCACAACGAUGUUACGGCAGAACAAGUACAAGGUCAAUGGAAUAAUACAGGCCGGUAACAAAGUAGCAGACGAUAGUCUUGGAGGAGCCGGUGAUGCUCCACCAGGCGUUGGAAGAAUGCCGAUAACACCGCCCGGAACACCGAGGACUCAUCCGGGUCAUCCUGCUGGCGACCAAGGUCAGCUGAGCGACGCGUGCCAUCAGAUGCAAGCUCUGACCCUUUAAAAUUCGUUCUCUCGAUAUACAUUAGUAACAACACGUAUGCGUACACAGGCUCGAUUCGUUUUUCCUCCCUUUCUUCUUCUUUCGGUCCUAACAGUACGUGUAAUAACGGUACGUGCGUGUUUAAUAUAAUAGGUUAGAGACAGGUAGAUAAAGAUAUAGUUAGGUAGGUAGAUAGAUGCAUCCCGAUUUCGAAGCCGUAUGAAAGAGAGAAAAUAAUAAAUUAAAAGAAACGUGUCGAUUCACGAACGAUCCCAAUAAUUAAUAUAUUUUGAAAAAAAAACCUGCAUAGACAGCACGAAUGCGAAUGAACUUGAACACAUUCGAAAACACACAUUUGCUUUAUUCUCUUGUGAUCUCAAUCCCAAAUCUAUAGAAAAAAGUAAGAAAAGAAAACAGAAACAAAGGAAAGAAGGAGGAAAAUAUGCAGACUAGAUAAAAAACUCCAUAAAUGUAAAUGUAAAUUAUUGCUCUUCGGUAAAUUAUUAAAUGUACUAAAUUGUUAAGCAUUUAUAAAAGAAUAUAUUAUAUAUUAUAUAUAUUAUAUAUAUAUAAGAUAAAAAUAUAUAUACGAUAUUUAAAGAUUAUUAUAUUAGUUAUGAAAAGAAAACAAUAUAUACGAUUAAUAUAUUAUAUAUAUGUAAAUACAUAUAUACGUAUACUCAGGUGGAUGUGUAUAUGUACCUACAUAUAUAUGUAUGUACGUAUCUAUCGAAGAGAGCAGAUAUAAUUAGAGUAACGUGAAACAAAGGAAAUAAGAGAAAAUUCGAAGUCAAGUUAUAUUAUUAUAUAUAUCUCUUUAAAUAAAAAGCCGAAAUGUUUAACGAAAGAGACGAAGAAGAAAAAAUGAUAACAAUUCUAUCAUAAUAGAUAAUACAGAUAUGCUACACAUUAUUUAAAAUCUAUAUAUGUUAUAUAUGCAGUAUUUAACAUUUAUGCGCGAUAGGCUCGAUAAACCAUUGAAUCUCACGAGCAAGGCUAGAGUAGGAUAGAUGGAUUACAAACAGAUGAUAGGACAGAAGAAAACAUACAAAAAAAAAGGAAGUAAUAUGGUAACAACAAAUAAUAUGUUAUUAUCGUACAAAGACGAGCGAUUUGUUAUGUGUUCAAAGAAAAAAAAAAUGGUAGUGAUGUCGAUAAACGAUAACGAUGAAGCGAAGGGUAAUAGGGAGGCAGAAAUAGAGUUGAUUUCAUAAAAAAAAGACGGUUGCUCAAGGCACUGCCACAUCUCUCAGUUUUGAUUUUCUACCUGAUGGUAAAACCAGUACUUAUAGUUUAAUUAGAGUAACCGUGAACAAAACAACUCAUUCUCACGCAAUUUCGAGACGCCACAGUAGAAAAAGAAAUAAUAAGAUACUGAUUUACAUUUCUUCUUUUUUUUCGACAAGUUAUCAGCGCAAGAAAGACGCAGGAGCAAAUAUUUAAAACUUAACAAACAAACAAAAAAACAGAAAAAAGGAGAAAAAGACAGAUGGUCAUAAAAAUAGCUGUUACAAAAAAAACGAUGAAAAAAAGAGAAAAAAGAGAUGCCCUAAAUACCCGAAAAACGAAUACGGUAAAAAGAUAUACCUUUAAAAGAAAAAAAAAACAAGUAUGUAAUAAUGAAUUAAAUAAAUGUGUCGGCUGUGAGCUUCCAAGCAAAUAACAAUAAUUAAAUUAUUAUAAUAUAAAAGGUUAAAUAAUAUUCUACCUAAUUGUUAUGAACGUAUAAAUUUCUUUUAUCUAUAACGAGAAAUUUGUUAUCUCAUAUCUCGCAUAUUGUAGCUAUUAUUGUCUAUUUAAAUGAGGAAAACGAAGAAUGAUAACGAACCGAAGGUUUGUGCGGCGCUGUGAUUUAGAUGUCGCGGCGAAAUAUAUAGCGGUUUAUGUAAAAGAGAGAAAAGGGAAAGAAUAAACAGAACGGAAGAGUAAGAAACAAAAAAAGGGAGAAAUAUAAUUCGAGGGACACGUAGAUGAGACGACAAAGGCCUAGGACGCAUAUAGAUUACCCGUGAGUCGUUACGAAAAGAAAUUAAUUUGUUGAUAAAAAAAAUGUAAGAGUGCCUUCUAUUUGUUUUCGUGAUUGUAUUGUUGAACAUUUGUUGCGUUACGUUCCAAGAGCCUCUAAUGUUGUUAUAAGAAAAAAAAGAUGUUUGAAGAAUGUUGUUCCUCUAUUUAUUUAUUGAUUUACGGGCCCUAGCACGGCCCAAAACCAGCACCCAGCGAAUUUGAAAGUGUGAAAGUAUGCUGUUAGGAGAAUGGAAUUCGGGAAAGGGAAUUUAAUUAGAAGCAAGGACGAUUUUAAGGAGAUAUACAAAAAAAGGAAUGGUAAAGACGUAAACGAAGUUUAGUAAAUGCGAAUAAAAAAUAAAACAAAAUAUGGAAACAUCGCAUACGGCAUUCGAGUCGCAUGUCCCCCUUUUUUCUUAUUCAUUAAAUAUUAUGAUCGUACAAGAAAAUAAAUAAAAAAAGAACGAUAUUAUACAUAUGUAAUCGAAAUGGAAAAAUGAUAAAAGAAAAAAAAAGGAACAGAGCAACUCGUUUCGGCACCUAUUUCUAUGUAUAAUACACAAGAAGAUAUCUCAGCAAUAUACAAAUAUAAAUAUAUACAUAUAGAUAUAUAUAUAUAUAUAUAUAUAUAUUAUAAAUAUUAACGAACGAAAAUAAAUAAAAAACGUAUACCGAAGGUAUAUGGAAUGCGAGUGCGAUAGGUGCGUAUUUGGGUGUGCGUGAGCGCGUAUCUGGAUAGGUGGCUGUGAUUAUUGCGUGCAAGUUAAAAAGAAAACAAGAUGAAAACACAGAGAACAUGAGAAAAGAAGACAGUUUACGUGUGUAAGCAUCCGUGUGUAAGUGCAUUAAUGUUGUCUCUCUCACACACAUAUACACACUACACACGCAUAUUUCAUACACGUAUACAUACCUAAUUAAAUAAAUAAAUAAAAUAAAUAUAUAUAUAUAAAAAUAUAUACGUCUAUAACGAGAGGUAAUACAAAAACAAAAAAAAGAGGUACAAUUCUAUGUUCAGUUUGGUACUGAUUUAACAAGUGAAACGAAACGUGUUUAAAAACAAGACGAGUCGUUUAAUUACAAUUAUUAUACAUGUACUAAAUUCAACGUAGAAUGGUGCUGAUACGAUAUAAAAUAUAAUAUAUACUUCGCAAAGUAUAUUAUGAUAUAAAAGGAAAUCUAAGAUAGAUAUUAGCGGGUAUGCGUAGUUGAACAUAGGAAUAUAAUUGAUGUAUAUUACAUACACAGUGUACGCGGUGUGCUUUCUACGAUUGUGGAUUAUUAUACGUUCACAAUAUGUUGCGUGAAAUAGGUUUUGCCUACGCAUGAUGAAUGGUUUUUUGUUAUUUUACAUGAGCAGCUAUUUAUUUUUUUAUUAAUUCGAUACUUUAGCCAAAUUUCUAUUGCUGGAGUAAGACUGGCAAUAAUUCGGUAUUGUUAAGCGUACUUCUAAGAUAAAUGAACUUGUGCAAUCUCAAGAAACAUACGGACUAGAUUUUUUGUUUUGUUUGCCAAUCAGCGAUUGCACUAUUAUAUUUUAUUGUAAUUUGGAAAUUAUGUAUAUGGAAUUCAUUUGAGUUCAUUUUUUUGUAAAGUGAUCAAACCGUAUUCCACAAUCUAUAAAGCAUGCCUCCUAAAACACAGAAAUUGAUGUAUUAAGAAAAAUAAAAAACAUAAAUUAUACAUAAAUGAUAUGUAGGUUGUACAACAGAAAAAAAAAAAACUAAGUACUCGAUGAUAAUAAAAAAAUAUAUUACGUAUAAGAGAUGCAUAUAUUUAAAAACAAAAUAAAGACAUCUGUGCAUGAACAUUAUAUAGAUGGAAGAGCCAUAGCAAAGAAAAGGUAUAGACUAAAAUAAGUGUGAGUCUCUCCUGCAAAUAUAUAAUAAUAAAAUCUCAUUAAAAAUAUGAAAUAUACAAUGCUCCAAUACAUA